AUGAAACUGUUGAAGUUUCCAUCUCUUGUCCAGCAGCAAAUAUUUGGAUUCAUCGAGUUUAAUAAUCUUCUAGUUCUAUCUUUCUGCUCCAAACGAACAAGAUAUUUGAUUCAAUCUCUACAAAGAUAUCAAUGGAUGAACAUUAAAUUUGUGAAAUAUUCUAUUGAUGAAAAUGACAAAAUCUAUGUUAGUGUGAGAUCCGAAACGAUAAACGGGUUCUUCAUUUUAUCACCAAUUACACCGAAACAGCCGGUCAUUACUCCGAUGGAUGUGUUUGGAAUGGGACCAGAGAUUCCUAUCUGUGUGCAUCCCAGAUAUUUCGGAAACCAAUAUCUCUACGACAAAGAGCAGAAGCACCUAGUUGUCCAUGGAAUUCAUGAUUAUCUGUAUGCAUUUUUCGGAUCGUCGAUUGACUAUGAGGUUGAAUCAGUGGGAAACGAAUUGCCACCAAGUCUGAAAAACAUCAAUCGAACUUGCAUUAAUGUACCUAAAAACACGACAGCGGAAGAGUUGGAAGCAUGUUUCACCGCUUCUCCAAAUCAAGAAUACAUUGAAAUUGACGGACAUUUCAAUGGAAUUCUCAGUACGAACUCUGUGAUUUAUGGAGCUAAACACUUGAGAGUAUAUUUCAAAGGAAAUCAUGGAGAUGAGAUUCUACUUCGCUUUAGAGGUGCCCGACUCCAAUUUCAUUCAACGAAAUUUCAUGAUUCUACCAUCUCUCAAUUUCUAAAAGAGUGGAAGUCAAACCAAGGGUUCCAAAACUUGAAGUCUCUAUCAAUUGGAUCUGAUUGGAAAAACAACUACAACGCUCCAAAGCUAUUGAAAGAUAUCGAUGUGAAACAGCUGGAUCAAGCAGAAGAUAUUGUUCAUAUUUCUUGGCAAAUGAGCUGCUCAUAUUACCGUCCGGAGAGGUUGUUCUCAGAGUUACCCUCAAAGUCGGGGAAGGUCGGGUUUGACUACUUGAUAAGAGACGGUGAUGGAGAAAAAGCUUCUGUAUUCAUAGAGGAUCAUGAUGUUUGCUUCGCUCUCUGGAAAGGAAACUCGUCUGUAAUGGAAACUAUUGAUCGUUGA